GCUAAGCAUCCCCGGCUGUGUGACCAUGAGCAACUUCACCAACGGAUCUAACAGUACAAGAGAGGGAGAUGUCCAACUGCUGAAGCAAACCGUCCCAGUCAUCGUUGUCUUCGCCAUCGUCUACUUCAUAACGUUUGCCUUCUGUGUGAUCGGAAACACCAUCAUUUGUCUCGUUAUUGUCAAGAUCCCCCGCAUGCGAACCGUGACGAACUGCUUCAUAUUGAACCUGGCUGUGAGUGAUCUGCUGGUUGCUGUCUUCUGUAUGCCGUUUACCCUGGUGGAUGAUGUUGUUAUGGGAUGGCCAUUCGGCCCGGUUAUGUGCAAGAUCACCCCAGCUGUCCAAGUGGUGUCAGUCGCAGUGUCGGUCUUCACACUCGUCGCCAUCGCCAUAGACAGAUACUGCUCGGUCAUUUACCCCAACGAGCCAAGCUUUAUUUCCAACUACAACGUGCAGGUGAUCGUCUUCAUCUGGGUGCUGGGCUCCGUCCUGUCCAUCCCGCACUUCGUGGUCAUGCAGGAGGUCCCAGCACCAACUCAGCCGGUGACGAUCUGCCAGGAAGACUGGUGGAACAGCAGCAGAAAACCCUUCACCACGACCCUGCUGGUGGUGCUGUACAUCGCCCCGCUCUGCCUCAUCGUGUACCUGUACUUCCGGAUCGGCUGUAAGGUGUGGUGCAAGCCCAUCCCGGGGGGAAGUCGCGAGGCCGGCCUAAAGAAGAAGUUCCGCGUCAUCAAGAUGCUGUUCGUGGUCGUGAUGCUUUUCGCGCUGUCGUGGAUCCCCCUCCACACCAUCAUGAUGCUAGACGACUACGGCAACCUCCGGCAGUACCAGAUCUACAUCGUGUACUACUACAUCUACCCGGUGUCUCACUGGCUGGUGUACAUGCACAGCUCGGUCAACCCCAUCAUCUACGGCUACUACAACAGCAGCUUCAGGAAGGGCAUGACCACGCUGAUGUCGUCGAUGUGCCGAGAGAAAGGGAUGAGCACAUCCGCCGGAGAGAGCAGGAAACCCGAGGACCUCGAGCUCGCUGCAGUUCACGUCGACUCUAAGUAA